AUGUUUUGCUCGUAUCAUCGUAUCGUAUCCGUAGAAUGCACUUCACCACAAUGCCAAGAGGAGCUAACACCAAUCGGUGUAUCGGCCGUUGCACUGUUGCCAUUGCACACCAGUUCACCCGAGCGUCGCAUUACACAGAAAGAAAUCAUUGCCGGCGAAGAGCGUCCCAAAUAUGUGCUCCAAUCGCAGUAUAAACCAUCGCCAGUGACCGAGCGGCGCAUUGUGCGUGAGGCCAGCGAGGAUGUGACGACCGGCGCGGAUCUCUUGCCGCCAACAUUGCCAACAAAGCCAAGCGCCGCUGUUAGUGGCGGUACUGCCCAACAGCAGCAGCCACAACAAACGUCUAACGCAGGCGGUGAAGUCUGCGAUGAGGAAAAACCGCCACCUAUACCACCAAAGGAGUCAUCACUCACACAAAUUAGCGGUAUUCUGAAGGGCGGCAAAUUGUGGAAACAGGACUCAAUGUCACAGUCCGAUGACCAGAAUAACACCACUUCCGAGGAUGAAGGUGGCACCACAAAGCGUUCGGUGCGUUUUGUUACUGAAGAUUUGGCCGUUGACGGCGAGGGUCAGACAACUGGCGACGCCGAUGAAGGGGAAAAUCAGAUAAAUGAACUCAUACCGAUCAAGAAACAUUCCACAUUAUUUAAUAACGCAUUACGUCCCAAUUCCGCCGUACGCCAGUUGUUCCCGAGCGUCGCUCACCAAACACCGGUGCUCACCUCAGAAGCAUUACGAGCAUUUGACGAGUCCAAGCGUGCUGGUUGUUUGGUGCCAAAUCUACCCGGCUGUGGUGAUACGGAUACGCUAAGGCGUAGCAUUGAGCGCAACAUAUUGCGACGAUCGUUGAUCAAGAAAAAGGCCGUCAAAUCGGAUAUUUCGCUUGAGGAGCGCAUUAAACAGUUGACCUGCGACAUUGAUGAAACGAAUGAGGAUAGCGCUGCGGAGAACGGUGAUGAGGAAAGCUCGAAAUUAGCUGCGGAAGCCAACUGCGAAUUGAUGCAUCGCGGCAGUCCUAUGGGCGAAGAGAAUCCGCAGAAAUUUGUCAACGGUAACAGCGAUAAAAGCUUUUCGCCCAGCUCGUCAGUUUCGAGCUCAUCGAGUGGCUCAUCGGCUUAUAAGAAGAUCUCCGACAUAUUCAAUCGUGACAAGAAGCAAGAAAAGAUACUAGAAAUGGAAGAGAAUCCCAUAGUUAUAAUACCUCAGGAAUGCCGCUGCCCGGCCGCACCCGAUCUCGGCAUGGGCAUACAAGUACCCGUCGUACAUACCCAAAUUCAUCGCACACCACCACGUCAAGUGGAGCCCAAACGUCAAUUCCUCUCCACACUAGCACCACUAACCGCAUGUGUGGCUGGCAACAAGGACGAUCUUUCAUCCUACUACACCUUGGCUGCGGCACAUCAUAGCGGCCAUGCGGCCAAUAAUGCACAAUUCGCUGAAUUCAAUUUGGGUGGUGCCAAUUUGAGCGAACAGACAGGCGGUGGUAACCAGGGCGGCAGCGGUGGCGGUGGUAGUGGUAAUGGUUGCGGCGGUGCUACCGAUGAAGUACGCAAGGUGGCGCCCGAUGUCAUUGCUGGCACGCCCGGACAGGAGCAGCAAGAUGAAUUGGCAGCAUUUGCACAGCAGGAAGCCAAUCGUACGGAAAAGAUUAAAAAGCGCUACACCAACGAAAACUCCAACAAUAGCUCUGACGAUGAUGAGCAAAAUGAUUAUGGCUUUAAUAAACGCCCUUCGGUGCGCGGCAUCAAACCGAAGUUUAGUUCCACCAAUGAGAUUUUACAACAAAUGCAGGAGCAAUUAAAUCAGCAGAUGCCAAGCGUUGCUGUGGGACAGCCCGUCAACCAGGCCAUCAAGAGCUACACGCUGCCAAAGCAAGCCUCCACAAGUUCCAUGACCAAACAGAUCUCACAAAAUCCCUCUCCACAAAAUGUGCCACAUCCUGUGAGUGUUGUACAGCAGCAGCAACAACAGCAGCAACAACAACAGCAGCAGCAGCAGCAGCAGCAACAACAACAACAACAACAGCAACAACAACAACAGCAGCAACAACAACAGCCACAACAGCCACAACCGCCAUCUCAAGUGAUGGUCGGCCAGCAACAGCAACCACAGCCCCAGGCAGUCCAAGUGCAGGCCAAUAGCAUCGCCCAACAGCAAACCGAACAGCGCACUUGGAGUUUCUACGCGGACGGCGGUGCUGAACAACACCGACUGCCCAUUGAAGGCGCAGGCCUACAACAGGCAUACUACCAAACAUUGCCAGGUGGUGCAAUGUUCCGCCAAACAAUUAUGCAGCAGGGUCAGGACGAAGCGGCAAUGAUGUACGCCGCACAAAAUUGCCAAAGUGUCACCGCUAUUGAGCAGCAACAUUACGGCCACUAUGCACGCAGUCCGACCCGACGUCCAGAGUCGCCACCACCGCUGCGCAAUUACCACCAAACAAUGGUGUUGAUUCCCUACAACGCACAGACCUACUCACAAUAUGCCGCCUCCAACAUAGAUCCGAAAGUGGCGCACAUCCAACGCCAAAAUAUACUGGAGUAUCAGCAGGUAACCCAGCAGACGAUUCGUGUUCCCAUCGGCUAUGCGCUGCCCGGCAUGCAGCUUCAUGUGAUGGCUGGACGUGGCCAUGCAGCAGCACACUAUGCGCAACAUGCGCAACAGGCGGUGGGUGUUGAAGCUGCGGCGGCCGCCCAUCCACACCAGCAUCCGCAUGCACCGCAUCAGCGCAUCAUGGCACAGCGCUAUCAGUUCGCACAGGAGGGCAAUAUACCUGGUUUCAGUGAGCGUGGCGUACCGGAAGGCGCGGCCGCGGUGUCGCACACCGAUUGUCACAGCAUGGUGUCGCCCACCGCCAGCCAGGCAGCCGCUGUGCAACAGCAAUUGCAGCAACAACUGCAACAACAACACCAGCAGCAACAACAACAGCAACAGGCGAACAUGGCACAACAACAACAACAGCAGCAGCAAGCAGCACCACCGCCACCCCCGAAUGCCGGACAAGCUACUGCGGCCGCCGCCGCCGCCGCCGCUGCCGCUCAAGGUUCCGUCUAUUAUGCGAUGAACGUAUGACCCGCGGCCGAUUAGUCGGCGCCAACGGCGGCGGUCAUUGUGGAGCGCCGUCAGUGUCAACGCGUCGAAAUGUCGUCGGUACAGCUGAGCACACGGUAAACUGCAAUGGGAACAGGUGGCGGAGCCCGGGGCGGCUCAAAUCAAUAGGAGAGUUUAGUAUUAAGGAAAAAGCAAAUUGAUGGGGCACAUGCAAUGUGAGCGCGCGUGGUAUGGCAAGAAAAUUGGCCAUGCCAUGCCAAGUAGGCAGGGGUUAUUUUAGUAGAAAAGCAUAGCAUGAAUUUGCAUGCAACCAACCAGCAACGAGGGAAUUUAAUUAGAAACGGUUUAGAAUUACAUAAUUGUGUAGUAGUUAUAACUAUAGUUAAACGUAAAUUAUUAUGAGUGGAUUCAAGCAUAUAAAUAUUAACUUUAGAAACUGUAUACAAAAUAAGAAAUUAAGGAAGGUCUCUGAACAGCUGGCAAAAAUGUGUCAUAUUCCAUUAGAAAUUAAAGCUUCCAUUCACACAUAAGAUGGCAGCAGCAUUUGAGGGUAAGUGCAGAAUAAUGUUUUCAAAUUGCAAGUGCAGAAUACUCACGCUAUGCCACACGAAUUUUGCGAUCUAUUAGCAACUCGAAUUUUUAAGCCAGGCUAACUUUUUUAUUGUAAUACUGAGGUCCACUGAUUUUAAGAAAAUCAAAUGGGAAAAAUAGCAUUGCCAGGUAAAGCAGGUACUGACUAAUUUAUUCUUUAAGUAAAUAUAAUCGUUCGAAAUGCUUCUUUGUAAACUUCUUUUAAUUAUCAAGAUUUUGUCGGCACUUUUCGGAAUCCGUCGUUUUUUUUAUUUUGGUAAUUUUUUGGCAUUUUACUGUUUUACUUUGCGGGAUUUUU